UUACUCGUGCGCCCGCUGCGUGUAAACAAAGUAGUGAGCGGGCGGCCAAUAUAAAUGUUGAUUUGUUUACUUUAAUGCGCUCGCAGCCGCAGAGUGAUCGAAGUUAGCUUCGUAGAAUGUCUUAAUACGUUUAUUGUUGGACUUUGAAGAGAUUUAAGUGCGUCGGUGACUUCGACUGAGUAUCAAUUGCUUGACAGUGGAGGCUCAUCUUUGCAGGUAAUGGAAGAUUUCUCUGGUUUGGCCCUCCCUCCUCUAUUUGGGGGUCACAUCCUGGAAGCAGAACUGGAGCCUGGUGGUGUGGAACUAGGACCCGAAGAGGUGGAAUUGGGACCAAGGAGCAGUGAGCUGCUGGAGAGCGUUACCCAAGAGGACGAGGGGAGACGAGUGCUUGAUAAGAGGAAAUACCUGACUCUGAACAGACGAUGCAAAGAGAUUGAACAGGUGAAUCAGAAGAUCCUUGGUCGCCUUCAUCAAGUCCAAAGACUGACACGACGCUUGAAGAAAGAAAGGCGGUUCCUCAUGAAGACCCUGGACCACCACGGAGACGACUACAGAAAGGCUCAGCUGAGCGUGCUGCUGGAGGAUGAGCCUGGAGCCCCUUCAGACACGGCCACAGGAUCCCAGGAUGACCUCAUCAACGGUUCAUCUCCUGCCUUCCAUCAUCCCCUCGGCUCCAAGAAGAGAAGACAUGCAGCGCCGCGCCAAGACAAGGAUCACCAAACUGAAGCAGACAUGUCGGUGCUGGCCGACACACACUUUGGAGAGAUGCCCAGUCCCACGUCGCUGUCACACUGACCGUGCGCUACAUAUACUCUCUACAUCAGGUAGACUUUUCCCCCUGGACAAUGGUAAUGUUUUUCCUUCUGAUAGUUGAUGUCUCAGGAUGGCAUCACAUAAUAAUGAACUCUGUUCAAACGGCGCUCCAUGAUGUGUCUGAGAAGUGAUUUACAACACAUUCUUCUGCCAUCUUGUGGCCGUAUCCAACAGCACACCUUGCGGCUGUCCAUAUUUUGCCUUGCGCGAGAGGUUUCGCACGAUACGGGUAAUCGUGGUAAAUGUGUUUCUGUUUUGGAAUUUUCCUAUCCAAUAAAGAAACACCCAGAGAAAAGUACAAUAUUUUUAAACAUUUCUUUGGGAUUCAAAUUACAUGAGUUUACAAUGGAGAAAGUUUACGCUGCCACAGAAAGAAAGGAGGAGGUGUCAGGUUCGCACCCCGAUGACAUCUAUUAAACAGACAAGAAGCAAGGAAUUAAACAGAGACAGGAUUCAAUUUGGCUCAUGAGGAGAAACGUCUGGGCUGUACUCUUGUACAGUCUUCCACCACGCUCCUCUUUUAUUUGGACUUUCCCUGAUUACAUAGCAUCAGCUGUUUCUAAAGGGAGGGGGGGUCGUAAACAGCUGUUGCCCUCGGUGAAAAGGUGCCUGGAGCUUGCGUCAGGUCCUGCUUCCUCUCCGCUUUGUAGAUCUCGGGUCAAGACCAGAUCUUCCUGUGGAUUACAAUAGAUCAAAGAAACCGACACCUUCAUGUCGCUUCCCAUCGCACACAGUGGAGUUUUACAAGCCUUUUGCUUGGUAAGAUCAAAGACAGCUUUUGUCUCCUCGCCCGGAACUCAUGGAAACACAAAGUUUUGUGAUAACUUACAGUAGAUACAAUUAUUCUGACAGGAGUAGAAGAAAGCGAGAGAUAGAGAACAAAGAAGUCUUCAAGAUGUUUAUAUCGGCUUUAAGAAAUGUGAGAAGGAGGAGGAGAGGUUUGGGCCGCAAUGGACCAUCCUGGUAGGGGGAGGAAGAUGAGGAAAAAACACUUCAUCUCAUGGUGAUAUCAGCAAAACCACGAUGAAACAUGGAAAAUGCAGAGUGUAGUUUCCUAAUGAAGCCUUUCCUUGACGCUCCUCUACUUUCUCCUGCUCCGCUUGCUGUGGCAACAACAAACUAAACUCCAGACGCUCCUCUUCCUUUUGUAUCCUUUACUUGGCAACUUAAUCAUUCAAAUACGCCAAACAAUAACGAUGUGGGAACAAAUGAAUGGCAAAAUAAAGCCAGUUUGUUACAGUAAGGAAGAGUUAGAAAAAGUAAGAGUCAGGUCAAAAAACUGUGUGGCUCGAUUCCACUGCCAUUACCCAUAAUACCUUGUGUCCAAACCUUAUUACCACACAGAUCCUUCCGCCUUACAUGCAAUUAAAUUAAAUCUUCACUGUAUUAAAGCAGUAAAAAAUAGUAUGUCAACAAAUCAUUCAGACAAAUGUAAUAUUUACAAAUAAAGUGUGCCUAAUCAUGCAAUAUAUACAUUUUUGUACUAUUUAAAUCAAGUAAAUAGUCCCAUUUUGGCUGAAUAAACAAAGCAUCUUCCAUAAAAUGUAAAUGAACUUAAAUUAAACAGCAUUUAGGCUCCUACACAGUUCAUUCAACAACAAUCAUAAACCCAUUUGGAGAGUAAUAUUUUGACCAAAAGCCUAAUACCGUACAUUAAGCCACAACUUUUUUUUCCUACACUUUGAACUGUGCGGCUUGUAAGACGGUGCUGGUAACUUACGGCCGUAAUAGAAAUAGUUUAAAAAAAACAAGGAAAAAGACUGAGAAUAUGUUUUAUUGCCUGUGCUUUGGCGCAAUCUUUUGGACAAGCUUGCUCACGGCAGGUGCUGCAGUGUCCUUCCAUUUACCCAGAGUGCUUUCCAUCGGUAGUGGAGUGCUGCUCUGCGUUCCUACUCUUCAUUCAUCACUCCAAGCAACGUUUGUAAGUUUUACAAUAAAACUAAAACAAUUCUUCCAUGUGUGACGUCUGUGUCUCCAUGCAUGGUUUUUCACGCUAUCGCAAUGUAAUGAUGCUAGCAUCAUUAGCAUUAGCUAAUAUGUUAACACGGUAACGAGUGUCUGUUAGGAUUAUUAACUUGCAAUGGCAUUUUGUUUGCCUGGUUUCAGUUUCACAAAUCCCUCAGUAAACUCACCAAAACGUCGCCGUGGAGUUAUUGAGUCUGUUUAGCUGCUAGUGGGUCCAUGACCAUGACUUCUGUUUUGUUUGACCGGCCGUUUUACUGCCGUGUUACAGACA